ACAAUUGACCCAGCGUCGUCCGGGUUAGGGGAUGGUUUGGCCGGGGUCGGCCGUCAUUGUAAAAUAAGAAUUUGUUCUUAACUUGCCUAGUUAAAAAAACAAGGGUGUGUGAAUUAAACCAUUUUCAUGUCCCGCUAAGCAUUCAAAAUGUAACAAGUACUUUUGAGUAUCAGUCAAAAUGUAUGGAGUAAAAAGUACAUUAUUUUCUUUAGGAAUGUAGUGAAGUAAAAGUAGUCCUAAAUGUAAAGUGAAGUACAAAAAAGACUUACGUAGAACUUUCAAGUAUUUUUACUUAAGUACUUUUUUCACCUUUAUUUGACCAGGUAGGCUAGUUGAGAACAAGUUCUCCCUUUACACCACUGACAUGAACAUUGUACAAAAUAAUAUACAGAUAUCACACAUAGGAGCCCAUUACUACAUGCACACUAGCACUGGAGCCCAGCAUGAACCGUGAGCUAGAGCUGGGUUCUGGAUCUUGAUUAGGGAGGGGAAAUAUGCAGGCAAGAAGCACAAUGGAGGACCAAACCUGCCAUAAUUAGAAUUAAAUACAUUCACACAAAUGUAUACAUAAAUAUAUAAAUCCACACAUAAUUAAAUAAAUGAGCAAGGAAAUAAAAAAAUGCCAAAUGUAAUUAAUUUUCUCUACAUAUCUGUUAUGUAUUUAAUUAUUUAUCUAUGUAUUAUAAUUAUUCAAACUUUAAUUCAUUUUAUUAAAUAUUUAUUUCUGUACUUCUUCCUCCAAUAUGAUUAAUGAGGGUUGUCAGUCAAACGUCUGUAGGCGGUAUCUAACAAACUAUUGGUUGAUCAAUGUCACGUGUUUCUCCACUGCUUUUUCCUGCUUUUGCACCACCUAUGUGAAGCUAGCCACAAUAACGAUUUGCCAGAAUAGUAGAAUUUACUGUUUGCCUUCAAAAUAAAAGUCCCACAUUGAAACUGUCAGACAGACACAAAUACUGGAAUCAUCCCAUAUUUUAACUGGAUACUGCUUAACAAGUUUGGAAUGUUAUAUCAAUUCAACAAAAGACAAUUUGCCCCCCCAAAAAUUGUUAAUCGCACUGUGGAUUUAUUAGACUUCACAAUUGCAAAAUGUGUGGGCUCAAAACAGGUGGGACUAUUAAAUUAAUCAUUGUUAAUUAACAGCAAGCUGGAGAGGUCACAGUCAAACUUAGAUGCAUAACGUGAGCUCUGUUGCUCUCCCGUUAGAUCUCUUAUAUACUACUUACAUAGGCAUUUUUCAUAGGAUUGGUUCCUGCAAAAAAUAUAUAUAUAAAUAAACAUUUCUGCAAAUUUGUAUUUUUUAAAUAAACAUUUUUUAAAAAAGGAUUGGUUCCUGCAUGUGUCUGGCACGUCUCCUAUCUUGAUUUAUAUAACAUAUUCUGGGCGUUCUGCCAGAUGGUCCUAAGGAGGGGAUCAUGACGCCCCCCCUCAUCGUUACCAAGCACAGGCAGGAAACAAUAAUUUUUUAUGACACGAAAGACAAGACGAACAUUUAAUGCUGUCUCUUCACAUGAUACAUUUUCUCUCACAAAAUGUUAUUAACUGUGAAGAGUUUACACAAAUAUUAGCGUCGUAGCUCUUUUUGAAGGACUUAAACUGUGGGAAAUCACCUCACUAUUCAACAUAUUGCACAUUCGUAUUGCAAUGUACAGCUUUACCUGCGGAUCUUGGGUACAUAAAAUGGGGUGUCAAUCCAGAGCACAACUCUGAAGAGUUUACACAAAUAUUAGCGUAGUGGUUUAAAAAUCACAUGAUCAAACGAAGCUUCAGACGUUAUUAAUCACGUAAUAAUGUUACUUUGAAACGAGCAUCAGUACAUUUGGUGCUUUCAGGACAACUGGUGCCGCUUCAAAACAACUGGGAACUCGGAAAAAACGAGGUCAAAUCAUGACGUCAGUGAUUUCAUAUCGGAAAGUUGGAGCCAAAUUGUGGUCGCGGGCCAAGAAAGUUAGGUAACACCUGGUUUAGUGGGAGGGGAUAUAACUAAAAAAUGCUGGUAUCAUCCAAGUAGUAUGCUAUUGUGUGUGUGUGUGCGUGUGUGGACUGCAGAUACACUGCAGCCCUUCUAUGCUACAGCAGACCCUUGGGAAAUAUCCACAGACUAUAUUUCACCUUGCUGUAACACUGCCAUAAAACCCCUGACACUUGGGGUUAAAAUCAAGACAAGGCAUUCUGCUUAUGUAUAAUUUAAAUGCUUCCAACUCUGAGUAACUGUUUCAAUCAGAGUCCAUGUAUCAGAAGCCUAUUAGAUGUAACUGUCUGACAUGACUGGAUAAAUUAACCAGGAUAAAUUAUCUAACCAUGCAGACAUGUCUCCUGUCAAGUUUAGCCCAAGUGAUCUUCGUUAUUUUUCAAUUACAUUGUCUGUGAGAUCAAUUGUACCCUUGAUUCUCAAUCCCAGUUAUUUACAGUUUUGCUAUAUUUCAUGUCAGCAGUUGUUAUGAAUCGUAAUGAAUGGCUUUGAAAAUAUAGGCUAGUGUUAUGGAGCUGGUUAGAUGGAGUGUUGGUGCGAAUAGAGCCUCUCUUAAACCGGGAAGGAGAUCUUUAGUCUGUAGCUGUGGUUUGAAUUAGACGUGACCUCUAGCAGUGGGAUUCAAUUAAUGUAUGAUUGACUCUCUGUCACACACACACACGUCCUUCAUCCAUCAAAGGCUGGAAUGGGCUGAUUCAGUAGGAAUGGCCUGCUGAGUGAGUGGGACCUCAGCUUAGACAUCCGCCUCCCUUUUACAUUGUGCACAACAAGUCUGACAUGUAUUUAGGAGGAUAGGCUACAGGUCUCUAGGUUGUUUUCUCUUUGAAAUACCCAGAUUUUCUACAAUUUCCAUGAUGUUCGGACUCGGAAUGCAGGCCCAGGCUAUAUUUGAUGGUAUCGAGAAGCUGUGUUCUAAGAGGGAUGAGCUGAACCGUCAGAUCCAGCAGGAGGAGGAGGAGAAGGGUCGUCUGCAGCACGACAUCCAUGUCCUCACCGAGAAACUACGCCGCGUCAACGAGAGCCUGGCCCGACGACACUCCGUCCGCGCUGACUUUGACCACACCAUCGGCGAGACCGAGGGUGCCUUUAUAAAGAUUCUGGAGAGCUGUCAAACACUGCUGAGUGUAAUAAAGAAGGAAGCAGGAAAUCUCGGCAAAGCCACUGAACCCGGAAGGAAAGACCACUGACAUCCAGACUACCUCCCCUAAACCUAACCUCUCACCCAGACACCAGCAUUUCCCCUCACCCUUGUAACUGUGCACUGUUUGUACACUGAACAAAAAUAUAAAUGCAACAUGCGACCAUUUCAAAGAUUUUAUUGAGUUACAGUUCAUAUAAGGAAAUCAGCCAAUUUAAAUAAAU